AUGCUAAUAGCCGCUCCAGGACUCGCGGCCAUCACAGGACCCAGCUCGUACAGCUCCGGUUACAGCUGCUCCGCCGAGAAGCGCGGGGGGGAGGGGGCAGGAAGGGAGGUGGUGGAGGAGGGGAGAGGCCCGCCCAUAGAGUCGCGCAGAUCAAUAGCCGCGCCGCGCCUGACGAGAGCUGAGGCAGACCCGGCCCUCGACACAGCGCACCGCUCUGCAGAGCCUCGCACGAUGGGGCGCGCCUACCUCAUGUGCGUGGUGACCCUUCUGGCGACCACCACCGCAUACAUACCUCAUGAGAAGGAGCACUUCCUGACGGACGCCCUGCUCAGGGAGAUGGUGGACAGGAUGGGCAGCGAGCUGGAGGACGCCGCAGACGCCUACAUGGACUUCCCGGACUCCAGCAGGAUGGGGCUGGUGCCAGGCCGCGCCAUCAAGGACCUGGAGGCCAAGGAGCGACAGGAGUUCCCUCUGGACUACGACCACCUCCUGGAGGCUGGUAACCCCAGCACCAGUAUCCGCGACCAGGAGUACCUGCAGCACAGCUCGCUGUGGGGCCACCAGUACAUGACAGGUGGUGCGGGCGAGGGCAAGCAGCGCCUCAAGCCCGACGGCGCCGUCAGGAACCAGGUGCAGGUGAAGACCGACGCGGCGCUGCCCGCCUACUGCAACCCGCCCAACCCCUGCCCCAUCGGGUACUCCGCCGACGACGGCUGCCUCCAGGACUUCGAGAACACCGCCGCCUACAGCCGGGAGUACCAGGCGGCCCAGGACUGCAUGUGCGACUCUGAGCACAUGUUCGACUGCCCGGUGACGUCAGGCCGCGACCUGACAGGCAGCGCUCCUGGCGGCGGAGACCUCACCGAGUCGGACAUCGACCGCAUCAUGCAGCAGUUCCAGGUCGAGGACCAGCACAAAAGUCUUGUGGCCAAGAAGUUUCACGUGAAGAAGGAUGGGAAUCCCUUCCUCCGCGGCGACAGGUUGCCAGUCGCCGCCAAGAAGGGCAUCAACGUCAACUACUAGAGACCUGCUCUGCGUUAGUUUUUAGUUACUCUCUUAAUACUAUAGCCUACAUGUUCUCUAUAUAUUUGUUUGAUGUUACAAAAGUGCAAGAGUAAUAAUCAAAACUAUGAAUGUUGAAAAAACAAACCUGUACACUUUCAUACACGUCAUUUUGUGGCCUGCAAUAUAAGCAGUCUCUCUAUCAUGAAGUGUAUAUAUUAUAUUUACAUCUAAGUGCUACUAUUAGGUAUUGUAUAAUAUGCUUCCCAAUUUUUAAAAUUGAUGAUAGUGUUAAUCCAAAAAAUAGUUUUAUUUUUGAUACUGUAACAUGGAAUAUCGCACUACUACACAAUCGGCACCACCAUCAAAGUUAUGUAAAUAGGUUUUUUUUAAUUUAAAAGAAUAGUUAUUAGAAUAUAUUAAAAAACUCUAUUGUAUAACCUACUUUAGCAGUACAUAGUGUUAAUGCAUCUAAAUUAUCCAUCAAGUAUCCAUUCAAGUAUCGUAUAAAGCACAAAUUAUAUCUGUACGUUCUAAUAUUAAUCAUAAUGAAUGUAUAUAUAUAUGUUUGUAAAUUUAUCUGUAACAUAUUUUAUUGCUGCUCAAAAAUCGUAGGUAUGACGCAUGCAGAUAAGAAAAACAAACUAUCCAUAGAGUAGUAAAUUACAUCUCGCUAAACGCGGCAAGGAGUUUUUCGUGAAAUUUUAAUCCGUACUAUAGUAUUUAAGUAGAGAUUUAAAAUGAUUUAAUAUUGGCGACCUAAUCUAGUGCUUGCUGCCACCAAUGUUUGAUUUGAAAAAAAAACCCAUCCCAGUUGACAUAAAUUAAUAAAACAAACAAAAGUCACAGUUUGUUCUAACUUAAGUAAUGUUGAAUAAAACAGAUUAUUUUGAAUCCCAUCAUCCCUUCCCGCAAAUGGGUUGAUUGGCCAAAAAUUGGGCAUUUACAGAAUGACAAAAAAAAAAAAAACGCCGCACAUGAUUCGGAUCGUGUCAGACAAAACUACAAUUUAACUGAUCAGCCUUGUAGUUCAUCUGCAUGAAUUAGCAAGAAGCCCGCGGUUAACUUGGAGGACACUGCUUGUGUGUUCAGAGCGUCGUUCUUCAGCCACUUAGUUCCAGCGUCUGGCAUCUGUGAAUGUCUGCGGAGAAAAGCGUCAUCAUCCAUCACAGUCGGUUGCCUUUAAAAAUUAUCAGGUUGCUGCCUCUAUUACCUUGUAAAGAAAGUAGAUGUUUGAUAAUAGAAACCACUAAAUAUUUAACGCAGCCAUCAAAGUGUCAAACUACUAAACACACGUAAAUUACUAAAUUUUUCGUGUGAACAGGCAUUGUAUCACUCCCAGACAAUACACAAAUGGAAGAAAAGCCACUGCUUUGAGGGAAGUUAAGAAUUACAAAACGCACUUGCAGACAAAACAAAACUAAUGCAGCUACCCGCAGGCAUUCGGCUAGAAGAUGUGUUAUUAUUCCAUACUUAACAUUAUCAAAAAUAGUGAGAAAAUAAUUCGAUUAUAAAUAACCAAUUUGCUUUAGAAGUAACAGUGUUUUUCGGUUGCCAGUGCACACAAUAAUUUUCUUAAAAAUAUAUAAUUUCAUAUAAAUGUAAUACAGAUUAAGUAAAAUGUUAAAAAAAAUGUGUCAUUCUUUUUAAAGAAAUUAAGGUCAACUGUAUCCAAAUCCUAAAUUUUGUCACUUGCUCACUUAAAAAAUUUAAGUCCGAAAUCAGGUUUUUGUAAUUAUUUCAUGUAAUUUUAAUAUGUUAAAAGACUGUCCCUUUUCCCAUGACCCGAAUCAGAAGUAACCACUAUGCAUGUUUGAGGCUGCUGAAAUAGUUUUCCCUUGAAUCUUCAUUUUACAAAAUCUUUUGUAGUGACACCACCAAAUAAAAUUUAUUAAGGGAAAUGUAUUCCUACUUGAAAAUAAAAAAAAACAAAUGAAAUUCAGACAAAUAUUUUGCCGUGACCUUAAAAAUUAUCUUAUAAUUAUGAUAACAAAUAACUGACACACGUCUCUAGACAACUUUAGCGUGUAUGUUUAGGGUUUGCAAUAGCUUUAUCGAAGAUACAGGAGGAUUUUAGUUACCUUGGUAUAUAUAAAGAUGUUCAAAUUAAUAUUUUAGUGAAAACAUUAUCGAAGGGUGCAAUGUGUAAGCAAAUGAGAGGCCCGCAAAUGUUCGACUCGUGUGCCACGUGUCAAUCCAAGGCGACUUUAGGUAUCGAUAAGCAUUCUAGAAAAUAGGACGCAAAUGCACUGGGUUCUUGUGUUUAGUUUCAAGCCAGGUAGAGCUUCAGCAAAAACUUUACCUCGACGAGCAGAAAAGUGUAUUCCGAAGUGUAUUCUCGUUAGCAUUAUCAAUCUACUAUUUGCAUGGCGCUUAAUGCCCAGGAAUUCAGGAUACCUAAAAGUUUUAAGGCCAAGAACAGCCGUUUGAAAAAAAAAAGUAGAAGGAGCAGUAGUUACGGAUGCGUUAUGGAGUGAGUUUUUGUUUUUAGGUUAUUAUUCGAAGUGCCAUGGCGUUCGUUUCCAUUGUGACGAAGUCUUGGUGUCCAGAAUCGCGGCCAUACCGAAAACAGUUGAUAGUAGAUGCGGGAUGUCAGUUGAGAGGUUCGUGUUGCGCUCAGAUCACUGCGACAUCACCGCCAGCGACCUCAGACGUGUGACUGAUGGUCUGGACGUGGUAUCACACUCACGAGACCCAAGUUUGUAACUCACACCCCCUUUGCAGCAUUUCAAUUUAUUUAUCAUAUCACUAACCAAAUUUUAACUGUAGUUCUUAGUUUAUCCCGAAAGCAAAUUACACACCGUAUAUAAAGCUAUGUAGUAAUGCCAUGAUUUCAAAUUAAAUACGUUUACCAAGUAAACUUAUUGACUUUAUACACCAGUAACUAUUAAUGUGUGUUUUAAAAUGUCCUAGCGACAUAAAAAAUAUUCUAAAUGCUUUUUAUUAGAUGUUUUUAAGAUACUUAUUACUGCGUGAAAGCACUUUAUUUCAGCAUUGUAGUCGGUAACUGCGCCAUUUAUAGACGGCAGUUGGAAAAGCACUACUUUUAAUAUCACAUUUGUCCUUUAUUUCUAGGUUUCUGUACAGAAACUUUUUUGGCAAAAAGUAAAAGCCUUCUAUUCUAAAAAAAAAUUAAAGUGUUGGGUAUUCAGAAACGGAGAGACUGAAAAUGCCAUUUUCAAAUUAGUUAUUAAAGAGUAUUUAUUGUUAACCAAUGUAAAAACUGGAAUACACGUUCGACUUAAUGUCUCGCUAACGCUUUUGACUUCUUAGUUCGCGAAUAAUGUGAAAUCGUUUCAUAAUAUUAACAAGAUUCCAAUGAUUUUAGUACUGUAGAAGGGUCCUGCAUUUAUAAUACGUGCUGAUUAUAUAAAAAGCUGUUUCUUACUGUAUCUCAUUUAGUAUUAAUUUAUUAACACAGGAUAACACAUGCACAAGUAUUUUCUGUGAAUAAAUGUUACAGCAUGUUUAUGUCACGCAUAGUAUAGACUUGUGUAUCUCAUUAGGUGUUAAAGGUGUCAGUCAGUAGGAUGCGUCAGAUAAAUUAACUUUAAAUUGCGUAUCUAGUGGUUGAAUUGUUAAUGACAUAUAUUGUAUUAUUGAAUAAUGAUGUUUAAAAAUAUUACUUUGUGUUUACAUGUACUUUAAAUUCAAUAACCAGUUAACAUUACAAGAGUAGUAAGUAAUUCUCAGAUAACUUGUGCAGUUGAUAUAAAAAAAAUGAAAUGUAUAUAUUCAAACUGCUUCUGACAUAAAAGCGAAAUAAGAAUGUUCUUUGUAGUUAUGUAGAACAUACACAUUAGUGUUAUUGUAAUUGUAUAUUAUGGUUCUACGCAUGGAACCCUGUGAUUGAAAAUAAAACUAAUAAAUGCUACAAAGAUCAUUUUGUGAAAUGUAAUUACUUAUAACAAUGGAAAUAUUUUAAGACGUAUUAUUAUCGAAUGUUUGCUUUGUACGUCACAUUAAGGAUAUAAAAUUUCAAUGAAGUAGGUGGGUAAUAUUCAUGUUACCCAAGAAAACAUGAAAUAAAAAUAUGUUAUUAAUGUUAUUUUUUUAGUAGAAUGAAAUUUUAAAUAUAACAAAUUACUUUUGUUGUGUCUGGAAUAUCAUUGUAAUUUUAAGAGUAUAAUAUUCUAUGGAUAAUUGAUUAUUAAUGUUUUAUAUUAACGUUUGAAAAUAAAUAUUUAAAAUAAAUGUUAAAGUAAGUAUCGCAUUCGAUGGUAUUUUUCUGGUAAAUGGAUAACUGUUAGGUUAAUAUCUACAGUAUUUAAAAAAAAAAUAAAAAAAUAUAUUUCUACGGAACAAUUAGUUUGGUUACUAUUCUGUAACUUAAAGGGAUGCUAAAAAGUGUUAAUUCAUGAACAUGGUCAUCGUGUAUUGCUUUUGGAUACAUCAUUAACAAUUAUCUCAAAACUUAUCUCAUAAUAUGUAAAGUUAUAACACAGUGGAUAAAAUUAUUUUAGAGAAAUAUUUGUUGUAAUAAUUACUGUCAAAGCUGUCGUGUUUUGCAAUGUUGUACUUGCGAAGCGCGAAAGUGUCCUACCUACUUAUGUUACUGUUUUAUGUAGCUACCUGAAGUUCGAGGGACUUAAUAGAUCAAUUUAUUGUGGGAUGGAUGUCAUGAUUUGUAGAUUGACUCACAAAUUAAAUAUCUUUGGUCUGAA